GCAUCUCUAUGUUUUAACUCAUCUGAAUUGAUUUGUUGUAAUUUUUGUAAACAAAACUUAACUGUAAAGGAAAGCAGGAAUAUACUUCGUAAUGUCUGUUGUGUUACUAAAUUUUGAAAUUGGAGAAAGUGAUAGAUUUAGUGCUGAUUGGAGAAGUUGGUGUCGACUGUGUGCCAAAGCUGAUGCAGAGCAGUACAUAGAUGUGCUGUCUAGGCAAUGUGUUCCAACCAUGCCCUCCUUUAAUGACAACUCGAUGAAUCUUGUCACAAAUAUAGAGGAGUUUUUCCAAAUUCAUAUAAGAGAAAAUGGCAAACUUUCGUCUUGGAUUUGUAGAGAGUGUUAUGAAAUAGUUAAAUCAUUUCAUGAAUAUAAAAAUAAUGCUAAAAAAGUACAAAACUUAUACAAUGACCUCAUAAAAGGGAGGCAAACAAGUACGAAAAAAUCAGUUAAAGAAAUUGUAUUUGUUGAUAAAAUCGAAGCAGAUUCAUUUGAAAAUAGUGGCAUAUUAACUAAUGGAAUAUACGAGCACGCAGACGAAUUUAGAGACCCAAUUCGAGAGGAAAUGGUGAUUGCCAGCUCAAAUAAUGGGUUUUCGUCAGCAGAAUCAUGCAGCGGUAAUAGUAAUGAAGAAUACGAUACACAAUCAACAAUAUGUUAUGAUCCUGAGGAAGAAGAUGAAAACCAGUCACAGAAUAGGAUCCAGGAUGAAUAUAUAGAAUCGGUGGAUGAAACAGAAAAUAUGUCGCAACUUAAAUAUAACUGUGUUAUCUGCCAACGAAAUUUUCAACGUGGUAGCAAUUACACUACACAUAUGAUAAAGAAGCAUAACUGCAAUAGAAGUGAUUUUGAUGCACAACAAAAGUUAUUUUCCUGUUAUCGCUGUAAUCAAAAAUUUAAAGCUAUGGGAAAAGUAGCGCAUCACCUUAAAGUGGUGCAUAAAGAAGAAAAUCCAUUUAUUUGUGAGGUGUGCGACGAUAGAUUGCCAACAUAUGAAUCAUUCAAAGACCAUAUGAACACUCACACAGACUAUGCACCCUUCGAAUGCGAUGUGUGCAGUAAAAGUUUCGCGGACAAAAGAUAUUUAAAGGCUCACAUGUUCACACAUGGCGAUAAAUUUAUUUGCCCUGUUUGUGGGGAACAACUGAGUUGUCCUGCAACAUACCGAAAUCACAUGGUAGUGCACUCCGACAAAAUAUAUGACAAAUGCGAAUACUGUGGACGUGAAUUUAAACGUGCUAGAGCCUUGAAAGCCCAUUUAAUACUUCAUAUGGGCAUGCAACCAUAUUCCUGUGAGUUUUGUGAUAAAUCCUAUGGUUCAAAGUCCAGUUGUACUAAGCAUAUGAAGAAUAAGCAUCCAAAAAAAUUAGCCGCUCUGGAAGCCUCCGGGGAAAAACCCAUCACAUGUGUCCCAAAAUUAGCUGAGCUAAAAACUCUAGUACGACACGCCAAACAUCCGGUUGAUUUAAAACGUGGCCCAAAACCAAAAUUAAAAGUUAAAGUUCACUCUGAAGAAAAUUAGCGGAAAUGAAAGCAGCAUAAUAAUAUAAAUAAUAAAUAAAUA